AUUGCAAUCUGUUUCAUCAAAGACACGUCUGAUGUGUCAUCCUAUAUGUUUUUCUUUCUUUCUGUCAUGUACUUUCCACAAGGCAUGAAAUCAGACACAAUUCAGUCUUUGGAACAAAGUCGCUACACAACACUUUAUAGUCCCUCCAGGCUGUUCCUCCCUAUUCACCCAGAUCUGAGUCCAGCUCCCAGCUCUGCCGUCAGGUGAUGAUCACAAGACCAGUGGCUUAAUCCUUCCAAAGCUCUACAAAAGCAAGAGCAGAAAUUAGAGGCUUUCUUAAUGUGCAUGAAACCAAGUGGAACACAACAUGAUUCGGCUUUAAGUGUUGUUUCCACUGAUGUUUAAAACUAUUACUGAAUCUAAUUUCAAGAUACACAACUGUGGACCGUAGCAGACUGAGAUUCCACACUCUUCUGGGGGAACUAAUCGACCGCAUUUCUGCUCUAAUUUGAGGCACAAACUGAUUUGACUGAUUGCGGAAACAAACAGGUGAAAUAUGAAGAACGCUCUGGGUCUUAGUCUUUUGUGUUUGCUGCUCUGGCCGGAGGUUGCCGAGGCUCAGUUUCCACGCGUUUGCUGCACAGUCCCGGGGAUCCUGUCCAAGCAGUGCUGCCCUGCUCUGGGCUCAGAUCCUGCCAACGUGUGUGGCGUGUUGCAGGGGAGAGGAAGCUGUGUGAAUGUUCAAGUGGACGAGAAACCCUGGGGAGGACCGUACAGUCUGAGGAAUGUGGAUGACAGAGAGAGGUGGCCGACCAAAUUCUUCAACCAGACAUGUAGAUGUAAUGGAAACUUUUCAGGCUUUGACUGUGGUCAGUGUAAAUUUGGCUGGAUAGGACCAAACUGUGACCAGAGGAAGACCCCUGUGGUGCGAAAGGACAUCCAUUCCCUUACCCCCCAGGAGCUCCAGGAGUUUCUUGAUGCUCUGGACCUGGCUAAGACCAGCAUCCAUCCAGACUAUGUUAUUGCCACCGAGCACUGGCUGGGACUCUUAGGACCAAACGGCAAUGAACCCCAAGUUGCCAACAUCUCUAUUUAUGACUUAUUUGUCUGGCAGCACUACUAUUCUGUCAGAGACACUCUGCUGGGUCCUGGUCGCCCAUUCAAAGCCAUUGAUUUCUCCCAUAAAGGACCAGCAUUCAUCACCUGGCACAGGUAUCACCUCCUCACCUUGGAAAGAGAGCUGCAGAGGCUGACUGGCAAUCCAAACUUUGCAAUCCCCUAUUGGAACUUUGCCACAGGGCAGACAGAGUGUGAUGUGUGUACCGACUCCAUGCUGGGAGGAAGAGACCCCAACAACCCCUCCUUCAUCAGCAGCCAGUCCAGAUUCUCCCGAUGGGGGACAAUAUGUAACAGUUUGGAUGACUACAACCGUCUGGUUACACUCUGUAAUGGCACCAAUGAGGGUUUCAUUGAGAGAGGAAUACCGGACAGAGGUAACAUGUCUCUGCCCACCAUGAAUGAUGUCCGAAGCUGUCUUGGAAUCAGAGACUUUGACAGCCCUCCAUACUACACAAACUCCUCCUCCAGUUUUAGAAAUGCUCUUGAAGGCUAUGAAAAGCCAGAUGGACAACUUGAUGACUCCGUCACAAACCUUCACAACCUGGUCCACGAUGUGCUCAACGGAACCAGCUCCAUGUCUCACUCUGCGGCCAACGACCCCAUCUUUGUGGUACUCCAUGCCUUCACUGAUGCUAUUUUUGACGAGUGGAUGAAAAGGUUUGCUCCCAAUAAUGCAACCUACCCAGAUGAGAUGGCCCCCAUUGGUCACAACAAGGACUACAACAUGGUUCCCUUCUUCCCUGCGAUCACAAACCAGGACAUAUACAUUCCAUCUGAGCAGCUGGGAUACUCCUAUGCUGUUGUCCUGGAUGAGGCAGAUGGAGGGCCGAGCGUGUUUGUGCUGGGCUCUACUCUGGGGGGAAUCUUCAUCGGUCUCCUGGUGCUUCUCCUUAUCUUUGUGCUCUGGCUGCGUCAGCGGAGAAACAGAGGCUUUGAACCUCUGAUAAAAGCAGACUUCACAACUAGAAAGUACACAGAGGAGGCGUAGAUGUUCACCUGUCGCACUUCAGUCCUUCUACAUACCUAAGAGAGAUGGAGCAGCUGAUCUGAAAUGCUCUGUGGGCAAGAGGAAAAUAAUCCUGUAAAAAAAUAAAAAACGUAACUGUCUAGCUUUCAAGCGUAAUUUAAAUAGAAUAGUAUAAAUCAGAUAGUAGCCAAUUAAAAGUAAUGAUAGAAAUUUAACACAGGUUUCAUAUGGGACUAAUCAUAAUGAAUGUAAACUUAAACCGGUUUGUUGACUUUCUUUUACAAAACCACAAAUAAAGAUCUAUUUGGAUGUUUUUAAUAAAUAUUUAUUGUCAAGAACAGUAACAAAACACAAAUGUAAUCAUCUUAAUUGCACUGAAAAACAAUAAGGCAUAUUUUCUGUACUACUUCCUCUGCCCUCUUGGUUUGAAUUCAAAUUCAAACAUGUAACUAACUUUACCUCAUUAGGAUUUGACCUCAUACUGCAAUGCUUUGAUUGUAAAAAAUGUUGUCUUACAGCGUUUCCUGCUACUUCUAUUUUAUAGGUAAUUUGUCCGAACAGACAUCUAUUUUCAAUAUUUUAUUGCAAAAAUAUUACCAUGAAAAGUUCAAUGAUACAAAACAUAAAAAGGGCAUCCUGUAAGAUCAUUAUUCAUAAUAAAGAAUCAUUUUAAAUGACACAUUUGACACAUCACCUCUUCUUCUU